AUGUAUGAUACUAUCCCAAACCACGUCUUACAGAAAUAUUGUGUCCCUUUUUCCACUAUGCAGACACAGAAAGUUCAUAGUACUACUAAAAAACAAAGCCGUCAUGAAAGGAAGAUUUCUACCUAUAAACCAAACAUUUGGAAAUAUGAUCAUCUACUUACUCUUACAAGUGAAUAUUCUGAAGAGAAGUACAAAGUUGAGGUUGAGAAGCUAAAGGAGGAAUUGAGUUGCACAUACUUUUCAAACAGUACUAUUAGUCCAGUGGACCUGCUAGAGCUUAUAGACAGCAUUGACAAACUUGGACUCAGUUGUUACUUCGAGGUUGAAACCAAGGAAGCUUUGGGAAAGAUAAUAAUGUCCGUCAAAACUAAUUCCAGCUCGACGGAGGAGGAUCUGUAUGCUACUGCAUUGUGCUUCAGGCUUCUAAGGGAACACGGCUACCAUGCUCCUCAAGAUGUGUUAAAGGACUUCUUCGAUGGCAAAGGAAAGCUGAAAGUCUCAGAUGUGAAAACACUGUUGGAGCUUUUGGAAGGGUCAUAUCUGAGCAUGGAAGGUGAAAACUUACUAGACGACGCACGAUUGUUCAUAACCAAAAACUCAAGAGUCUUGUAUCUAAAUCAGAUUACACAUUUACUAAUAAGGAAUAUUUGAGCAAUAGCUUGAGUUGUCCAUUUGCAUGGAGAGUGAAAUGGUAUGCCGUAAGAAGACACAUCUCUGCUCAAGAACUUGAAUGCAACAAUGCAAAUCCAAUGUUGCUGAAGUUGGCAAAACUUAACUUCAAUAUAAUUCAAGCCACGCACCAACAGGAUCUCAAACACGUAUUAAGAUGGUGGAGGAAUGUUUCAAUAGUUGAAGAUUUGAGCUUUACAAGGGAUCGGAUAGUGGAAAGCUUCUUUUGUGCUGUAGGACUUUCCUCUGAGCCUCAACAUGNCAGCA